UGGCAGCUUCGCUGGACCCUGAGACAACUUGGGAACAAGGCAGGAGAACAGAGGAAAGGGGGAGGCAGGGACAGCAAAGUGCUCAGACUCCUGCUCUUAAGGCACCACUCCGCUCCGCUGUCCCAGCCCCUCCGCUCCGAAUCCGGUGUCUGGCUACACUCCGGAGUGAGACUUUACACCCGCCGCUUGACCGGUUCCACGGAAGAGAUCCUAGGACAACAUUCAAAAGGGGUAGGCCACCAUGCAGCACUAUGGAGUGAAUGGUUACUCUCUUCACGCCAUGAAUUCUCUGAGUGCCAUGUACAACCUUCACCAGCAGGCAGCACAACAAGCCCAGCACGCCCCUGACUACAGACCCUCGGUGCAUGCCCUCACGCUGGCGGAGAGACUGGCUGACAUCAUUUUGGAGGCCCGUUAUGGAUCCCAGCAUCGCAAACAGAGGAGAAGCCGCACAGCCUUCACUGCCCAACAACUGGAAGCCCUGGAGAAGACUUUCCAGAAGACGCACUAUCCAGAUGUGGUGAUGCGGGAACGACUGGCCAUGUGCACCAACCUACCAGAAGCCAGAGUACAGGUUUGGUUUAAGAACAGAAGAGCCAAAUUCCGGAAGAAACAGCGCAGCCUCCAGAAGGAGCAGCUGCAGAAGCAGAAGGACUCAGAAGGGAGCCACGGCGAGGGGAAGACAGAAGCUCUUGUGCUGGAAAGCCAGACGUCCACCCCUGACACAGACAAGCCACAGAGCCAGCCGAGCGCAGUGAGCACGGAGCUGAACCUCACCUUGUCGGAGCAGUCGGCCAGCGAGUCCGCAGCGGAGGACCAGACGGACAGAGAGGAGGACUUUAAGAACCCCUUGGAGGAGUCCAAAGCAGACAAAGGUCCCGGUGUGGAGAGCAAGGCUCUGAACUGCAAGAUAGCCAGUCCAAAAGCAGACUCUCCCAUCAGCGCCACGGUGACGCCUUCCUCCAGCAGCGGCAUGCCUCAGACUCGCUCCUAUUCCUCCUCACCUCUGAGCCUCUUCCGUCUCCAGGAGCAAUUUCGCCAGCACAUGGCAGCCACUAACAACUUGGUCCAUUACUCCUCCUUUGAAAUGGGGACCCCAUCGGCCAUGCCCUACUUGGGCAUGAAUGUCAACAUGGCGCCCCUCAGCUCUCUCCACUGCCAGUCGUAUUACCAGUCGCUUUCCCACGCCCAGCAGGUCUGGUCUUCGCCCAUCUUGCAGGCGUCUAGCUCCCUCCCUACCCUGAACAGUAAAACGACAAGUAUUGAGAAUCUAAGGCUCCGGGCAAAGCAGCACGCUGCCUCCCUCGGACUCGACACCUUACCAAACUGACCGCAAGGCAGCAGGGGAAUGCCCACCCUACCGUCAGCCACAAGAGAAGGCACCUUCCGCUGGCACUAAACGUGUGGCUCUUUUGUCAAUACACAGCUCUCAUCUCCACCUGGAUCAAGGUGCUCCCUUUCGGGGGAUACUUUAAAUCCUUUACUUCUUCACUCGCUCCAUUUUACUGCUCCUGCCCCCACUUCCACAGAAGUAUUUAAUAAGGAAGGAAAGAGGGCAUGUACUUAGAUGUUAAAAAACUCUCCUGAGGACCGAGACGUUAAAACUAAUGUCCAGAAAGAUCCCUCUUUCGUUGAUACUGUGAUAAUGUGCCGACUGUGAUUUUUGUUUUGUUUUUGUUCUCUGGAAAACCUAGUCCCCCCCACCCACCCCAGUUUCGUACUGUAUAUAGAUUCUAUUGUUGAAAACAUCCUUCACUUGUGUGUUGCUGUCUGUGAUGCCUUAUGCAGAACUAUGGAGCAUUUUGCUCUUUCCUCCCUCCCCCUUCCUUUCAGAUUUAUACUUGUAGUAGCUAGAAUCAAAAUUACAAUCCAAAAAAAACCCCGCAAGCUCUGAGUGGGUGGUGCUUUUUUGGCUAGAGUUCUGAAUGAGUCUAGCAAGAGAAAUUCAGAGAAAAGAUUCUGAAUGCCAUUAUCAUAUCUUCUCCAGUUCGCCGUUAAAAGCAAUCCUGCAAACACCAGGAAAUGAUGUAAAGGGUUGUUUCCUGUUAAAGCACUUCCUGAUGGUAGGGACUUUUUUUUUUUUUUUAAGCACUUCUUCGAAGACAGAGGAUAAAGAAUUUGCCACUGGGCUCUGAUGGUUAGAGAGCAAGGAAAAAGGAAAGCACUGGAUUUUGUCAAAUUCACAAGACUUUUACCGAGGUUGCUGCAGCUUUGUUCUUCACUGAAGUGUACACCCUGCUAUUUAUAAAUGAUGUGUAAAAAAGCAUUUUGGUCUAACUUGGACAACAAAGAACAAUAAAAAGUUGGUAUGAACUCCUGCUGUGUUCAUACACCAUUUGCAUUAUAUGGCGGUUCCUCAAAACCGUGAUUAAUUCAAGCUGUGUUUAGGAAAACUGCCUCCGUGCCAAAUUCUGUCCUCAGACCACAAACCCUGGGGGCUCCCCUGCUUGUCUCAGAAACUGACUAAGUAGAGAAUGAAUGCAGAUAGGCUAGAGAUGGACCUGAACCAAUACCCAGAUCUGAACACUCCUGAGCUUAGGAGAUGACUUAAAUCCAAACCCAGAGGCGGAUCUCAAUUUUGCAAAUGGCCAUUCCUCUCGGUAGAAGGCCAAACCAAAAUCCCAGAUCCAGACAUCCUGCAACCCAGUGGGAUGCUGAAGAUCUGAAUCGAAAUUAUACAUGAGCCUGAUCAUCGCUGAUACUGUUAAUGGAGCUAUGCCAGUUUACACCAGCUAAAAUCUGGCCCAUAUGUGAUUCGUGUGUGUGUGUGUGUGUACACACACAUACACACCAUGGAUAUCUGAUGAACUAAAAGCUUUUAUUGAUUUCUGUUUUGCCUAGCUCUGUUCCAUUACCAGUGCAAUUACACUAGCACAGAGGAUAAUGGCCAACUUACUUCUCUAAAUGUGGAAAAAAGAAUACAACCUGCUUGACUACAACAGUCUCUCUCAAGCUGUUCUGCUCAAAGUCUCUCUCGGUGAGUUACCAGUGGUGACCAGACCUGGUUGGGAAAUGAUUUCCCUCCCCCUCUUUGAAAAAUUUCAACAAGAACUCUUUUCCCCCAUGGGGGUGAGUUAUUGAAGACACAUUUUCAACAAAAGUGGAAAUAAGUUUGUGUAAACUUCAGUUCAGUCAAACGUUUUGAUGGAAAAUGUUAAUUCGGCUCGAGUGGUUGACAGGAUUACGCACGUCACCGACGCUGCAAGAUGCAGCUCUAUACCGGGUAUUUUGUCUGGGAUCUUCAAAGAACCCAAACCAUAUUGGCACCCUCUCCCUGAGGCCUUCUUGAAAAUCCCAGUCUUUAUUUUUUAUAGCACUUGGGUCCUGCCACCCAAAAUGACAGACACCAAAUAUGAGCUUUAAUUUUAUUUUCCCCCAAAUUACCUCUUUGUUUCCUCUCCUCCCAUACUCCUCCUGCCCUAAGGAUGAUGGUGGGUAGGUGUGAAGAUGGUUUUAAUACAGCAGAGCAACUGAAAAGCAUUUUAAGCACCCAAGGCUAAAUUUUGCCCCCAGAACUGAGCUGAUGAGGUACUCAAGCUGUUUUUUCCUUCCCUCUCAUGCUCACACACCAACUUUGAUGGCAGACCAGGAAGGGUGAUAGAGCGAGACAUCGAGAAGGGUGGCCUAAGGGACAUGACAUUCAAUUCUGAUAUGGUGCGACUGGAGUCAGUGACAUCCCUUUGCAGGUCAGGACACUAAUAUCGUUACGCUACGGGAUAUAGAAACACACCAUAGAAGAUUACAAGGAUCAAAAUCUAUCAGUGCCCGACCUCUGCCUGUAGCCCUCAGCAAGCUCAGGAAAUGGAGUGUGGCAGAUACACCCACCUGACCCUACAAUAAACUUCCCUCAGUCCUCCAGAGGAAGCAGAAACUUCCCUAAGGUUCUUGUCAUCUUGCCUCAGGAAGAUCGCAGUGUAGCAAUCCAUUGAACCUUAUGUGUAUCAUGUUACAUAUCUAAUCCCAUUUAUCUCCGGAGAUAGCAUUGGUAUCCAAGAGACAGGUCCUGUUCUGAGCACUGAGUUCCUUCCCUUCUCUGCUCGGGUCACUCCAUUAAAAUCAAUAGAGUGACACAUGGAUAAAACUGGAGCAACAGAACAGUGAGUCAGACUCCUGGUCUUCUUUUAAUCCUAAUGGCAGCUGAUCCAGGGGCAGAGAAUUUCAAUCUUCAUCACUCUCUAGGGAGGAAUCUUUCCAAGUUGUACAUUUUUGUUUAUUUCCAGGACUGUCUAUGCCAAAUUUGCCGGUGUAGCCCACAACCAUAAAUACCUAAGGAAGACAGAUCAUGUAUCCCACUCCCAGGAGAUGUAGGUAUGCAAAUAAAUUAGAAUCCUGUUCCAAAUCACUCCUCAUUUCAGUUUAACAAAAUCUGGUACCCUUGUUCCAUCUUCUCUUACAUUCAACCAAACUAGACUGAAUUUCAAAGUUUUGAUGAAUUUUCAAAAACAAAACUGAGGAAAACUUUCAAUGAUCUUUUUGGAAGAUUUCCCCCUUUUUAACUCCCACCACCACCACCACCACUUUAAAUCAGCCAUAGAUCUGGUCAAAAUUUUCUGGUUCACAAUUUUUCCCCUUUGAUCACUUGUUCGCAUGAGAUGUUGACACGCCACGUGUACAUCACAUGUAGUGCAGAUACUAAGACCCAAAUGUCACUUAAGUAGAAGACAGUGUAAUGAUCAGUGCAGAUAGCACCUCCCAAGUUAGACGGUGCUAUAUCUUUAUCUUGCUUUCAAGUUGUUGUCCGAGCAUUCCAAGCAGAAGUAGUGCACUGAAAAAAACAAAAACAAACCCUACGCCUCUCCCACCAUCACCCUGACAGUGUCACUACGCUGGGGCUGAAUGAAAUGUUUUGGUUUUUUUUUUUUACUUAGCAGGGUUUUGUAGUCCACAGCAAACGGUCAAAUAUUAACUUUUAUGGUUUAUGUAAUUGUUUGGGGAGAAGAAUAUUCCCCAAACAAAACGCAUAGCAUAGAUGUUGGAAUGAACAUGCUGGCUUCCUUAUCGAUGACUAGGCAAGGACCUCCAGAAUCUCCACAACUUCUAUUUUACAUGGGCCAUGAAAAGAAUAUGAACCGGGGGACUGUGUCAAUGUGCAUGAGAUUUUUGUUUUCCCCUCUAGCUCUGCUCAUAUUACCUUCCCUCUGCACCACAUGUGGCCAAAACCUACAAUUUUGCAUUCAGAAUAGAUUUUCCAAGUACGAGCCCAUCCUGUGAAUUGCUGCGAGCCUCUAUGCCUCAUAGGAUCAGAUCCCACCUGAGAAAACUACUGAGUAAAAGGGUUAAAACAAUGCAGAGUAGGAGUUUGCAGUAAGACUGACUAACUUGUGAUGCAAGGAAAAUGUCCUGGGACCAAUGAAAUCAGUGGGAGUUUUGUUUUAAGUAAAAGAGUGUAGAAUUAGAUGGUUAGAGAAGAAAUGCUGAUUCUGAGUAGGCCUGCUACCAUAGAAGGUUCUUUUAGUGCUGGUUGGGAGGGGAAAAGGCAGGGGAUUUAUUUGCAAACAAUCUUUGAAAUUCCUGAAUUUAAAAUAAAAGGGGCAAAUUUUGUCUGCAUUUCUUUUCCCCCCCAAAAAUUCAAAAUUUCCAAUUUGAAACAUUUCAGGCAGGUCUACAGAUGGUUGAAAAAACUGCAAAUGUUACAUCAACAUUAUUAUUUUUUUACUUUAAAAAUUUCAACAUCUGAAGAAUUUCUGCUGGUUCUAGGUUCUUGUAACCAUGGCAGCCAAACAGACUUGUGCAUCUCUGAUCAGGAAACACCCAAGUGGCAUGGGCAUAAGUGGGGAAUUUGGGGCUGUUUUCUACCUGGAGCAUUGCAUCAGACUCUCAUUGACAUGACAGAGUUUUUAACAAAGACUGGAGACAAAAAGAUGGUCCUUGGAGUUUAAUGUGUGAAAGGAUUAAACAAACCUUUAUGAAGGAAAACCAAAAUCAAAACCACCAUGAUAUAAAGGUCUAAUUAUAUAGCCAAAACUAGUGAAUUCAGAGAAUUUUCCUUUUGGCUAUACAAGCUGUGUUAGUCUUUUUACCCCUUGUGUGCCUCUUUGCCGGUCUUUACAAUUUACUCUGGAAGGAGACAAAAAGCCUGUGUUGUUUGAUACAUCUAAACAACUAUUUAUUUCUUAAGUGACUGAGGUUCACACCAAAGCACAAUGAUAGACUCGGGAAAGAGAAAAGGGGAAGGAAUCCUACCAUAGCAACUGGGAAGGAUUCUCCAUCAGAUUCAAAACCAAAUCUAGUAACAAUUAACAUUCUGUAUAUUCAACAGAUGUUCUGUAGAUCCACUGUUUUGUACUUGACCAUAUGGCCAGAGCCACUCAAUUCGUUCUCAGAUUUCUCACACUACGCCAAGGGACAGCUUUAACCUUGAUUUAAAGACAAAGAGGCCAAAGUCUCCACUCCCGUAAAUGAGUUGCAACUCCAUUGACUCCAAUGGACCUGUGCUGACUUAUGCCCAAAAGUGUCAACCAGGUUCAGGAUUGGCCACUUGCAUGAAAUCUUAUCGGUGUCUACGAGCCCCGGGGAGCGAAAUCAGUUAUUACUUUUCAAAGCUGGAGGAGGAACCAGACUCUGCUCUCAAUUGUAUUGGUGUAAAAUUGGAGUAAUUCCAGCAUCUUCACUGGAGUAAUGCCAGAUUCACAUCUAUGUAACUGAGAACAAAACCCAGCCCGAGAAUACAGCAUAUUUGUAGUAUACUCAGAAUAGACCAUCUUUCCAGCCUAGAUGAUCUACUACACACCCAGUGAAAGAGCCAUUUGUAAAUUGUUUGAUAAAGACAUUAAUUAACCCCGCAGGAAGUUAAUCUCCUGUUUGGUGUACUAUUCAUGGCCACACAUUUCAUAACCUUUCUAGCUAUUGAGAAGGGCUGCCGUGUGCUGCUGAAGUUUAGAUGCGUCUUUGCAGUUUAAAGUAAUUUUUUAGGAUUUCUUCUCCAAGAGUAUUGAUGGCCCUUUUGACUACUGACCAGAGUUGCCAGUUAGCUCCAAAGUGUAACCAUGCGUGUGUCAAACAUAUCUUGCAAAGGAACAAAGACUUUUAAAGGGAAAAAAAAUCAAAGUUAUGUACUGUACAAACUGCUGUAAAAUUAAGCUGUAAUGUAACAAUUUGUGCUUUAGAAGCCACUCUCUGCAAACCCAAACAUGUGUAUAUUUAUUUAUUCUGAUAGCUAAAAGAAAAACCAAGAAUUUAUGUUCAUUUUGAAAAAGCGGCCGCAUGAUACUAUGUACCACUUGUGCCAGUCUUGCUUUCUGUAUAGUUAGUGCUUGUUUUCAUACUCAGCUAAUAAAAAAAUGCAAGGAAA